CGAUUGUUGAGAAAGAUUUGGAUGUUAUGUUUCUAGGUUUCUCUCCCAGUCCCAGUCCAGAGUCUCUGAUUGUCGGGAAAGAUUUCUUUUUUCGACAGACUAGUUUUUUUCUUGUUUCCUUUUUUUGCUCAAGGAAAUGGAUGCCCAUAGCAGAUAUGUUAUUGGGAUUUCAUCUCUCCUUGGCUUACUGCAGUAGAAACCUAUGGUAGAUUAAGUAGGUUCUUAAAACGGGAUUGCAAUGUGCCACCCUUAGCAUGAAGUGGGAAAGUUUGAAGAAGCAUGAGGGGAAGCCUGUCAAGCAAGCAAAGUUGCUUCUCCUCGAUUUAAUUGAUUCAUGGCAGACCAUGCUUUAAUUGUGCCUGAUAGUUCCCUUGCAUUGUCAGAACACGCUUUGGCCAUCGGACAAGAGUUUCCCAAUGUUGAAACUUGCAGAAGAACAUUGAAGGAUAUUGCUAUAGCACUGCAUUUUGAUCUUCGGAUAGUAAAAUCAGAUCGAAGCCGGUUUAUAGCCAAAUGCUCUAGAGUAGGCUGUCCGUGGCGUGUCCAUGUUGCAAAACGUCCUGGAGUUCCAACCUUUUCAAUUAGAACCUUACAUGGAGAGCAUACUUGUGAAGGAGUCCACAACCUUCACCAUCAACAGGCAUCAGUAGGUUGGGUAGCUAGGUCUGUAGAAGAACGCAUUCGAGACAAUCCACAAUUCAAACCAAAGGAAAUACUGCAAGAUAUCCGUGACCGGCAUGGGGUUGCUGUGUCUUACAUGCAAGCUUGGCGGGGGAAGGAGCGCAGCAUGGCUGCACUUCAUGGAACUUUUGAAGAAGGGUUCCGCCUUCUUCCUGCAUAUUGUGAGCAGAUUAGAAAAAACAACCCAGGAAGCAUUGCGUCUGUUUUUGCUACUGGACAAGACAAUUGUUUCCAAAGACUUUUUAUAUCCUACCGUGCAUCUAUUUAUGGCUUUAUAAAUGCAUGCAGGCCUCUUCUGGAACUUGAUAGAGCACAUCUUAAAGGAAAAUAUUUGGGUACAUUACUUUGUGCUGCAGCUGUUGAUGCUAAUGAUGCGUUAUUUCCUUUGGCCAUUGCCAUUGUUGAUGUGGAAAAUGACGAGAAUUGGAUGUGGUUUAUGUCAGAGUUGCGGAAGCUUCUUGGAGUAAAUACAGAAAACAUGCCUAGACUUACCAUACUGUCUGAAAGGCAUAAGGGCAUUGUAGAGGCAGUUGAAACACACUUCCCGAGUGCUUUCCAUGGAUUUUGUCUGCGUUAUGUUAGUGAAAACUUCCGUGACACAUUUAAGAAUACAAAGUUAGUAAAUAUUUUUUGGAAUGCUGUUUAUGCCCUCACAGCAGCUGAAUUUGAAAGCAAGAUAACUGAGAUGGUGGAGAUCUCACAAGAUGUUAUACCUUGGUUUCAAGACUUCUCUCCCCAACUUUGGGCUCUUGCAUAUUUUGAGGGCAAGAGAUUUGGCCAUUUUACACUGGGAGUUACUGAAUUGUUGUAUAAUUGGGCUCUUGAAUGCCAUGAGCUCCCAAUUGUACAAAUGAUGGAGCAUAUUCGGCUUCAGUUGACAUCUUGGUUUAACAAUCGUCGUGAAAUUGGAAUGAGCUGGACCUCAAUUCUUGUUCCAUCUGCUGAGCAGCGGGUUUUAGAGGCUAUUGCAGAUGCACCUUGCUAUCAAGUACUUCGUGCAAACGAGGUUGAGUUUGAGAUUGUGUCGACUGAGCGAACAAAUAUUGUGGAUAUUAGCAGUCAUGUGUGCUCAUGCCGUCGUUGGCAGCUUAAUGGUUUACCUUGUGCACAUGCUGCUGCGGCGCUUAUUUCCUGUGGGCAAAAUGCUCAUGUAUUUGCUGAGCGUUGCUUCACUGUUGCAAGUUACCGGGAGACAUACUCAGAGAUGAUCAACCCUAUUCCUGAUAAGAGCCUGUGGAGGGAACUGGGUGAGGGAACAGAAGGUGGAGGUGCCAAGGUUGACAUUACAAUACGCCCACCCAAAACUCGCCGACCACCUGGCAGGCCAAAAAAGAAGGUUCUUCGUGUAGAAAACUUUAAACGCCCAAAGAGGGUGGUUCAAUGUGGUCGCUGUCAUUUGUUAGGACAUUCUCAAAAGAAAUGCCCAAAGCCGAAUUAACUAGAAGGUAGCUUCUUACCGUUCCUUUCAGUUAAUCUUAAUUGCAACUUAACUAGAUGUGUUUGUAAUCAUGAUGUAUGUUUUACAAUUUAAUAGAACAAUGGCCAAAUCCUUUUUGUAGCCCGCCUUUGUCUUGUAAAUAUGGAGUUACCAUUGUGUC